CGGAGGCGGCCGCCACACCUAGGGCGCUGUGGAGCCCGGGGCUGGCGCGGGCGGAGCCGCCCAAAGGGCCGCGCGGGUCCCCGGCUUCGGCCCCGCCCCGCGCCGUCCAAUGAGAGCCCGCGGCCGAGGGGCUGUCCGCGCACUCUGCCCGCAGCCCGGCUCGGCGCAGCCGACCCCCUGACACCAAGCCCUGCGCCGGGGCAGCGCGUCCCAGACCUUGAGCUUGGCGCGCCCCGGUCGGCUUCCGGACCCCGUUCCUUGCGCCCCUCUCCGGGUCGCUGCGCCCCGGCUCCUGGUCUCCAGGUGCCUCUGGGUCCCGGGCCAGCUGCGAGCCCUAUGGCCCCCCAGGGGGAUGAGGUAGGAGCAGCCUGAGUACCCCGAGCCGGUGCCCCGUCCACGCCCCUCCGGGCCGCGCGGCGGGAGUCAUCGGGGAGCUAUGGUGAAGCCGGGUAGUGCAGAGGAAGCCGCGCAGCUCCCCCUUCGGCGCACCCGUGCCCCUGUCCCCGCGCUCGGGCCAGGACCCGCGGCCCCCGACGGCUCUCGGGCCUCUGCCCGCCUCGGUCUUGCCUGCAUGCUUCUGCUGUUGCUGCUGACGCUCCCGGCCCGCGUAGACACAUCCUGGUGGUACAUCGGGGCCCUGGGGGCCCGAGUGAUCUGUGACAAUAUUCCUGGUCUGGUGAGCCGGCAGCGGCAGCUGUGCCAGCGUUACCCAGACAUCAUGCGCUCGGUGGGCGAGGGUGCCCGAGAAUGGAUCCGAGAGUGCCAGCACCAGUUCCGCCACCACCGCUGGAACUGUACCACGCUGGAUAGGGACCACACUGUCUUUGGCCGUGUCAUGCUCAGAAGCAGCCGGGAGGCAGCAUUUGUAUAUGCCAUCUCGUCAGCAGGGGUGGUCCAUGCUAUUACCCGCGCCUGUAGCCAGGGUGAACUGAGUGUGUGCAGCUGUGAUCCCUACACUCGUGGCCGACACCAUGACCAACGUGGGGAUUUUGACUGGGGUGGCUGCAGUGACAACAUCCACUAUGGUGUUCGCUUUGCCAAGGCCUUUGUGGAUGCCAAGGAAAAGAGGCUCAAGGAUGCCCGGGCCCUCAUGAACUUACAUAACAACCGCUGUGGUCGCACGGCUGUGCGGCGGUUUCUGAAGCUCGAGUGUAAGUGCCACGGCGUAAGCGGCUCCUGUACUCUGCGAACCUGCUGGCGUGCACUCUCAGACUUCCGCCGCACAGGUGACUACCUGCGGCGGCGCUAUGACGGCGCUGUGCAGGUGACAGCAACCCAGGAUGGCGCCAACUUCACGGCAGCCCGCCAAGGCUAUCGCCGUGCCACCCGGACUGACCUUGUCUACUUCGACAACUCCCCAGACUACUGUGUCCUGGACAAGGCUGCCGGUUCCCUAGGCACCGCGGGCCGUGUCUGCAGCAAGACAUCUAAAGGGACAGAUGGUUGCGAAAUCAUGUGCUGUGGCCGAGGGUAUGACACAACUCGAGUCACCCGCGUCACCCAGUGUGAGUGCAAGUUCCACUGGUGCUGUGCAGUGCGGUGUAAGGAGUGCAGAAACACUGUGGACAUCCACACGUGCAAAGCCCCCAAGAAGGCAGAGUGGCUGGACCAGACCUGAACAUAUAAAUACCUCACUCGUCCCUCUACUUCAAACCUCCUGACUCAGAAGCACAAGAUUUUGCAUGCACACCUUCCUCUAUCCUCAACUUUGGGCUGCUACAGUUUCUAUUUAAGGACUUGGAGAGUAAUCCAGAAGGACUCUGGUGUCCUGACUGGUUCCUUAGCCCUGGGAAGGAGUUGACAGGGGAUGUAAGAAAUUGAAUGGUUCCCUGACUGCCCCCCUGGAGGUGAGAUGGGAGAGGGGUAGAGGUAGGGUCUUCAGAAUGAUAGAAGUUGCACUAAAGCCCACAGUCAAGGCUCAUCUUUUCUUUCCUUUGCACCGGCUCCCUGACACUUCUGGUGUGAGCAAGAGGAAGGGUACCUGGAGAGAGCUUCUUUGUGUUCCUACCUGACUGAGGGGAGAUGGGACAGAGAUGAAACCACAUCUGUUCCCUGGGUCAGUUUGAGCAGACUGCCUGGUACCCCAAAAGAAACUCUUAGGCUACAACUGUCUUCCAUUAUCAAGAGCCUGGGAUAGCUAGUUAAGAGUUAGCCAUAGUGGACAAGGUUCCAUUCACAUGCUCAUAAGGUUUAUAAACUGCUGUACUUUGUAGGGGAAAGAAUUAUAUAAUUAUACAAACAUA